AUGGAUGCUAUUCUCCCUUCUCCUCCGCCGAUAGAACUCAUCGGAUUGCCGGUGGAGACGUACGCCCUCAUCUCCGCCGCGCUAUCCGAGACGGCACUCCCGACCUCGCGUUCCCCGCUUCACGUUUUCUUCCACGAGUACAUCACCUCACAUCCCACCUCCGACAGCAGUACGCUCCUUUCCACAGCCCCGAAACGUAGCACAGUGUACCCACCGCUCCUGCUACUCCCCAGCGAUGCCUUCACCACCCCCGCCUGGAGCACCUACCUCGCCGCGCACCCCUCGCUGCUCCCACUUCUCGCCGCAGCCCACAACGUAACACACAUCGCGCGCAACGCACCAAUCGAUGCGGCGAGCACGAUGCGCUCUCCCUCCCGCCUAGUCUUUCUGCAUCCACCCGUCGACGUACAUACGCAUACCUAUACCGCCUCCGACGACUUCACCAGCGCGCUCUGGGUGACGACUACGCAGCACGGCAUCCAGCAGACGUGGGCGCCGGAGCACACGAUGUUCUCGCGCGGGAACAUCCGCGAAAAGGCGCGAGUCCUGUCGUUCCCCUCUGUGCGCGGGGAAGAAAUAGCAGACCUCUACGCGGGCAUCGGGUACUUCGUGCUCUGCUACCUCCGCGCGGGAGCGAAGCGUGUGUGGUGCUGGGAGAUUAAUCCGUGGAGUGUGGAGGCGCUGCGGAGGGGCUGCAAGAUGAAUGGGUGGACGUGUAGGGUUGUAAAGCACGGCAAGGAGUGGGUGCAGGCUGAGGAUGCGGGCGAGGAGGUCGUGGUGUUUGAGGAGAGCAAUGAAUUUGCGGUACAGAGGAUGGGAGGCAGGAGGGUCAAGCAUGUUAAUCUGGGCUUGCUGCCGACGAGUCGUGGUGCGUGGCCUGUGGCAACGGAACUGCUGGAGGAGGGAGGGUGUGCGCAUGUGCAUGAGAAUGUUGGGGAGAAACAGGUGGAGGAUAUGAGGGAGGGGAUUGUGAAGGAUUUCAAGAGGAUGCGGGGUGCGGAGGUGAAGUGUGAACAUGUCGAGAAGGUCAAAACGUUUGCACCUGGCGUACUGCACUGCGUUUUUGAUAUUCGCGUCUAG